AUGUCUAACAAGGUCAACAUUGUGGUUAAGACAGCCUCCCAGGUGAAAGAUAACCAUAAGGUCUUCUUCAGCUAUGUCAGCAACCACAACUGCAGCACACAGCAAUGUGCUGAACUGCUGGCUAAUGAUUUGACAGUGGCCAAAUCCAGACAACAUCAGAAGAGGGAAGCUUUUAGCUAUAAGGAAAAUGCAAUCCUUCUGCAAGCCCUGCGGAAACAUGGUCUCCGUUUGGUGCACAAGAGUAGUCCCAGAUCAGAAGUGACAAACCAGCUAUGGGAGGUGUUGCUGCAGCGGAUCAAUGCAGUCAGUAGGUAUGGAAGGACUCGUGCACAGUGCCGCAACAGGAUUUGCAAAAUGAUUCAACUUGCACGUAAAAAAGCAAAGGAAAUCAUCACAGCACACAAUACCACACUUGGGGGUGGUUUACCUUUCCCAAAACUCACAGACACUGAAGAAUUUCUGGUCCAUCUCUCAGAAUAUGAUUUUUUGAGGAACUUCCCUGGUAAUAACUUUGAUAUUAGUGCAAAGGCAGACAUGGAUUCACAAGUCUCCAAAGAUAGCGAGCAAAGCCCAAUCAACUUGGAUCAAAGUAAGGAUCCUGAAAGCAUUUCUAUGGAUGUUGAAUGUCAUCAAAAUAAAGAAGGGUCAGCUGUAGGAAGUAGGAGUUCUGCUUUACCAGAAAUGCUGGAAGAUGUCAACAGAAGAAUGUCUAUUGAUAUUGAUAAUGUUAUUAUAUUCAUGAGACAGCCUAAAGACAGUGUCACACAGUUGCCAAGUUUAAUGACAGGAUCACACACCUCACAGCAGUUACAUAACUGUAGGAAGUAG